UCUCACACAAUCUCAGCACGUUAGCGCGCAUUUCAAUGAAAACCGAGGCUGUCCAUGGACUGUCCUCAGACCAGCAGAUACUUCACUCGAGCCGAUUAUUGAUCCGCAGCGGACUUUGAACUGGCAAACACAGCGACUCGCUGAGCGAUUCCCUCAGAACAUGUGAAGAACCGAACAUGCGUGUCCUCUGAAUCCUGGUAAGAACCACCGAACCGGGACCGAGAGUCUGAAGAGAGCCGAAGAUGAGCGCGAGGUAACGGUUCAGUUCGUGAUGGAGCUCGGGAACGGAUUCAGAUCGGAUCCGAAUCGAGAGAGCGACACCGACACCGACACCAUUCCUCGCGCCGAUCCGGAUCCGACCCAUAAAAGGAGGAGGAGCUUCCCGAGAUGGCUGAUUGGCCUCAUCUGCACCAUCAUCCUCCUCAUCUUGGCAGGAUCUUCAUCUCUUCUCUGGUAUUUUCUGGAGUACAGGGUGUGGGUUCUGGAGCCGCGGCUGGUUCAGCAGUACACGGCCAGCGUUUCCAUACUGAAUCAGAACUUCUCCGUGAGUCUGUCCAGUCACGAGAGCUCAGAGUUCAGAGCGUCGGCUGCGUCUGUGCAGAAUAUGGUGGAGAAGCUGCUGAAGUCCACAGACCUGUCCAGAUACUUCAACUCCAGCGCGGUGUUUGCGUUUGGGAACGGCAGCGUGGUGGCUCAUUUCUGGCUGCGUCUGUCGGUUCCUGGCAGUCACGCGGAGUCGGUGAGCGUCCGGCGUCUGAACGAGAGCGUGUUCAGAGAACUGCAGCGCUUCAGCGACGCUCGGCAGAUCAGCAGAUUCGAGGGUUUCCAUCUGCUGCUGCCGUCGCUCUCCUUCACCGAAACCAACCCCAAAGUUAUAGAUCUUUUUCGAGCUACAUUUGACUGCUAUCGCUACACGUCUCUGGUCUCCACCGAGCCGGUGGUCCUGGAGGGGCCGAACACGCAACGCUCGUCAUGUCUGUGGCACCUGAGGGCCCCUGCGGGCUCCCGGCUGGAGCUCAGGGUGGAGUGGCUCCUGACCGAGUGUCGCGACCGUCUGAUCAUCUACGAUUCGGUGACGCCGACAGACUCUCGUCUCAUCACCUCUCUGUACGGCUGCAGUCGGUACGAGCAGACGGUGCAGUUGCUGUCGUCCGCUGACUGGAUGACGGUGAUUUGGAAACAGGGUCUGUACAAUUACAAGGAUCCAUUUUCACUGAGCGCACGAGCCUGGCCGGACCAGGAUUGUUCCUACAGUAUUGUGUUAGAGCAGACAGACGACAUCCAGGGCAUUUUACGGACGCCCUUCUACCCCAGUUAUUACCCUCCCGACACCAACUGCACCUGGAUCUUCACUGUGCCGUCGGUGGAGUUCGGUUUGACUCUGUCCUUUGAAGGAUACGAGCUGAACCGCGCCAGUUACAGUCAGACGUGCACGCAGGGCAGAUGGAGCAUCCAGAACCGCAGGCUGUGCGGCGUGCGAGGUUUACAGCCGUACGCCGAGCGGAUCUACCUGCUGUCGAGCACCGUCACUGUGUCCAUGAUGUCAGAAGUGUCGCUCACCGGCCCGGGCCUGCGGGUUCACUACAGCAUCUUUAACCAGUCCGAUCCGUGUCCCGGUCAGGUGCUCUGUAACAUUAACGGUCUCUGCGUGCCGGCGUGCGACGGAAUCGCCGACUGCCCCAACGGACUGGAUGAGAGAAACUGCGUGUGUAUCGCUCAGUUCCAGUGCUUAGAGGACAGUCAGUGUGUGGACUACUAUAAAGUGUGCGACCAGCAUCCAGACUGCAUCGAGGGCAGCGACGAGGAGAACUGCACACACGGUGUACCGUGUUCUGACAGGACAUAUAUAUGUGGAGAUGGCACAUGUCUGAAGAAGCCAAACCCUGAAUGUGACUUUAUCACAGACUGUCCUGAUAAAUCUGAUGAGAAAUACUGCGACUGUGGCCUGCGGCCGUUCAGCAGUCGUGUGGUGGGCGGAGCUGAUGCAGUGGAGGGGGAGUGGCCAUGGCAGGCCAGUCUGCAAAUCAGUGGGCGGCACAUAUGUGGAGGGGCAUUAGUCUCCGCCCAGUGGGUGGUGUCUGCGGCUCACUGCUUCUAUGACGACGGGUACUUCUCUCCGUCCGUGUGGACCGUCUAUCUGGGCAAACUGCGUCUCUAUGGCAACAGUCAGACGGAGGAAGCCGUCCGCGUGUCGCACAUCCACCUGCAUCACUACUAUGACGACGAGACGCACGACUACGACGUGGCGCUGCUGCGUCUGGCGCGGCCCGUGUGGUCGGGCACUCUGGCUCAUCCGGUCUGUCUGCCGCCCCAGACGCACCAGCUGGAGGCAGACGUGCUGUGCUGGGUGACGGGAUGGGGCGCGCUGCGGGAGGGAGGAGCGGUCAGCGACGUCCUGCAGAAAGUAGACGUGCGACUGGUCAGUGAAGACGCCUGCGUGCGUUCCUACGGUUACAUGAUCACGCCCAGGAUGAUCUGCGCCGGUUAUCGCAGCGGAGGGAAGGACUCCUGUCAGGGCGACUCCGGGGGGCCGCUGGUGUGUCAGGAGCCGUCUGGACGCUGGUUUCUGGCCGGCGUGGUGAGCUGGGGCAGAGGCUGCGGACGGCCCGAUUAUUAUGGGGUUUACACACGCAUCACCAAACUCACCGGAUGGAUCAAACGCAUCAUCUCCUCCUGACAAACACCUCAAGUCAUCUGGGGACAUUAAAACGAAAAACCUCCCCAACCCAUUUCCUAGCAUUCAGUUCCUGUGCUCUAAACGUCACAGGAAGUGUGGUUUGAUGAUGAAAUGAUGUCAACUGGACUAAAUAUAACCUCAUCUAAUAUCCGCUGCUCUUCAAAGAACAUGAUCUGAUCAUUUUAUGCAUUUUAUGCAUUUGUAAUCAAUUAGACUAAAAAUAGCCCAGAUUUUUAGGUUGUAAGAUGGUUGAUUCAAAACUGAAGCUUCUGUCAUCAUUUACUCACCACUUUUGAUCUUUCGUGGAAACCAAAGUGAGAAGUUCUGUAGAAUGCUACAGCGGCGGGCAGUGACGACAUGAGGGAGAAUCUAUGAUGACGCAGAUUUAUUUCGCUUUUGAGUUCUUUUCCUGUAAUGUAGUGCAUGUGAACCGAAAACUCUCUCUCUCUCCUCUCUCUCUCUCUGAACGAUGUUCAAAGCGUUUUUGUAGAAAAGCAGUUAAGAGCUGACAAAUUGCAAGCAAUGAAAUGAAUGUAUAAGCAACACAAUUUCAUAUUUGCUGGACCAAAUAAAGUCUUUAGUUUUCUGUA